AUGAAUCUCAAAGCAUUCGCCAUUGUGCUUUUGACAACAGUUCUUCUCUGCCAAAACACCCACUCAGCGACUUUGAGAAGUCGUAAGUCCAUUGUCGGCCUUGCAGCUGUGGGGUCGAUACAAGGUGGUCAAACCUUGUCAACCGUUCAGGUUCUUGAUGAGUGGUGUACAAACCUGACGACACAUCUCAACACAACUUUGGAAAAGUUUGUAAGUGAACUAUAUAUAGAGAAUACUUUAUAGAAAUUGCGGGCGUACACUAUUUACGCACGAGUUGUUGACGAAUCAGAAAUCGAACGAGUGAGCGCAGCGAACAAGUGAGAUUUCUACUACAUAAACAACGAGGCACUUUCCAUGUGGUAUUGUGUUUAUUAUAUACAUACUGAGACAUUCAUCAUCUUGGCGGCCUCUUUACUUCAAAUCUUUCCAAAAUGCUAAAUUUUGCCACUAGUACACACCGUGAAAUGACAACGAAAUCGAAGUAUCAGCUAUGUAUUAGUAAAAUCGUUGGUUAAAAUAUUAUGAGGGUAAGGAUAUGAGGUAAUCCAAGAACUACAAGGGCGCUUUCCAUUCAACAAAAAUUCCGGUUGGAAAUUUCGGAAAUUUCUUGUGUCCAAUGGAACGGUAUUUCCGGUUGCUCAAACCAGACCCAAGCCAUGGCGCGUUUGGUUAUUGUCAGUUGUAAGCAGGAUACCAAAGAAGAGUACUGGGGACAACAAUUUUGUCAAAUGGAAAGGGACGUUCGGUCCGACCGACGGAAACGAUCAGACCGGUCAAAGUAGACCACCUUCAAAGCUGGUCCCUAAUAUUCUGGUCGAACCGAACCAAAAUGGUCCGUUCCGUUUGAUGAACCAACCGAAGUUUCCGGAAUUUUGGAUUGAAUGGAAAGCGCCCCAAGUAAUCUUAACUGUUUAACCUGAAUGUACCCUUGAAAACAGAUAAAUUUAAGCUUAAGCUUACGUAUCGUUCUGUUUUUCCCUUCUGCUAUUGUCUAGCCGGCUCUCUACAGUUUUCUUCAUCGACAGUGAAACAAACUUCUGAACAAACUCCAAUUUCCGAGAUGUUUUUCCCUUUUUUCACGAGAAAAACUCUCCGAGGAAAAUGUCUGCGAAGCGGCGCUGCAAGCUGCAAGCGCCUAUAAAGGGGGGAUUUUUGGCGCGAAACUCACACACCUUUGUCGCCUGUGAUUGGACGUAUCACUUUUUUUCACUCGUGAAAACCAUCGUUCGCUCCUCUGAUUGGCUAGAACUCAUUUGCGUAUGAAAAUUUACGACAUAGAUUUUUGGUGAGUAUUUCUCAGUAUGUACAUAAUAAAUAAACAAGUACAAAAACUUGGAUAGUUCUAUUUUGAGGGCAAGAUUUAAGAAAAUUUACACCAGCUAUGAGCUAUAGCCUAUAGCUAGUAGCUCAUGUAAAUUUUCUUCUUGCCUCAAAAUGUAACUAUCGUCAAGUUUUACCAUUUGCAGGGCCGUACCUAGGAUUUUUUGUCUGCGGGGGCAAACUCGGUUUUCGUGAGAUUUCGGACCAAUAUAGCUACAAGAAACAGCCCAGCAAAAUCAGACACUAUGUUAGAAAAAAAACAUUUAGUUUUAUCGUCAAGUUUUACCAUUUGAUCGGAUCAUCAGUUCAAAAGACAGGCCAAGAUCGUGUACUUGCAGGCUAUCAGAUGUUUGCGGAAAAUCUAAUAUAUUUUUCUUCUCUUUUGCUCAGUACUAAAUUUUGUUUUGGAUUGCUGUGGGAUACUUUCGCUAGUCUCCGAUCGCUAACUUACUGUGUACUGUAUUUUUUAUCCCAGGCAUCUAUCCCUUUCAACAAAUCAAUGGGAAGCUCCUACAUUUCAGCCUCUUCAGGAGUGACGGUGAGUGCAGUGCUUUAAGACAAUGAAAGAUACCUUCAAAGUUGCUAAGUAAAACAGUGAAAGCGACGGUUAACGCACCUUAUAACUUUGACAGAAGAUAGAUCCAUGAAACGCACCAAUCACAUUUAGAGUCUUCAGUCACAACCAAUAACAUCACGGCUUACUUGUCAGACGACCAAUAACAUCGCAAAUUAAUUGACCAAAGCGGUCAAUAACCAGAGAUUAAUUCCAUCAAAUGACGUGAUACAACUCACUUUGAAUCUGAAGAUGACUACUGCACAGGUUGUCCAAAACGCCAGUCAUGAUCUCUUUUAACAACAGUCCUAUUCAGGACUUUACUCGACCGAGCGAUCACAUUCCACCUAUACUUACGAAGGUAUAGUAGUAUAGUAGAGAUUACUGAUCAUGGAUCUUUAUUCUCCCUCAGGUAUUGCAGAGGUUGACUUUUGACUUGAAUCAUAUCAAAAUCUACUCUUUAUUGUUUAGUCAAAUUCCAAGUGUCAUGACAGGUCCACAGUCUGAUCUGUGCUUGAAGGAUGGUGUUCGCCUCUUGUCAGUUCUCAUUAUUGGUAUGGAUAUGGCGGUAAGUAAUUCAUAUCUCACAGCUUAAACUUCAGUUAAGAACUCCUUCAAUGCCAGUGUCAACUGGCGCUUAAAGUAGUUUUUAGGACUCCUCUUCGACUUUGAUCGUUUGUUUUCCAGUUUUAUAGAGCUAGACCACCUAAUGCGGAAACUGUUUUCAAAUUUUGUCUUAUUUGCGUACCUAUGAAAAAAGGCUAAAAGCAAAUUUCCUUGAAACCGUCACAUGACCUGAAAUGGGGCAGAAAUCUGUUCAUUGCUAUGACACGUUAUAGGCUCACAUCAUUGCCUAGAAACUCAAUGUCUAAAUAAUACAAACGAGAGAUGCUCCAAUGACAUGUUACGCCAAAAUAAAUCGUGUCUUUCCCACGAUUUGCCCGUUGGUUUCAGGCUCACAACGCUCCAGUUUUUAAUCCAGGUUAAAACUUUUCUUGACCCUCAAUGUAUUGUAAAUAUAAUUUAUGAACAGGGAUUUUAAUUCCUUUAAAUGAGUCCCCUCUCAAGAAGUGAAAAAGAUGAACGAUUGCUGUGAAAAUUCCAAAUCAUCGUGUGCCAUCUUAAUAACUUUAAGAUCUUAUCAGUUAUCACUGUUUUCUCUAUUUCUCACAAUAGGAAGCCUACUUUAACGAUACUUCUUCAUUUCCGCCCCAGUUCCUUCAUGGGAAUAAGCUUGGCAGCCCAGCUCGAUACCAGGACCUCAGUCGUGAAAUGGCAGUGCUUAAAAGUCAAAUGAGAGAGCUAGUCAUUAUUAUUGGGAAUAAUAUGUUUUCCAGCUCAGCGCACGUCGUUAGUGUGUAA